GCCCUCUUAUACAUGACCCUUUCAAUGGUGUGCUUAUCAGCACUUAGUUAGCCGAGUAAGACUUAUUCAUUAGUGUGCAUGCCAGCACUUGGGUGGCCAAGAAAGCCUCUUAUAACAGUGUGCACGCCAGCACUUACAUGGCCAAGAAAGCCUCUCAUAACAGUGUGCACGCCAGCACUUACAUGGCCAAGAAAGCCUCUCAUAACAGUGUGCACGCCAGCACUUACAUGGCCAAGAAAGCCUCUCAUAACAGUGUGCACGCCAGCACUUACAUGGCCAAGAAAGCCUCUCAUAACAGUGUGCACGCCAGCACUUACGUGGCCAAGAAAGCCUCUCAUAACAGUGUGCACGCCAGCACUUACAUGGCCAAGAAAGCCUCUCAUAACAGUGUGCACGCCAGCACUUACAUGGCCAAGAAAGCCUCUCAUAACAGUGUGCACGCCAGCACUUACAUGGCCAAGAAAGCCUCUCAUAACAGUGUGCACGCCAGCACUUACGUGGCCAAGAAAGCCUCUCAUAACAGUGUGCACGCCAGCACUAACGUGGCCAAGAAAGCCUCUCAUAACAGUGUGCACGCCAGCACUUACAUGGCCAAGAAAGCCUCUCAUAACAGUGCACCAUACUCUUAGAUGCAACCUGG